AUGAUGGGAGCAGCACGUGUGAAACGGCGCUUCAGUGCUGUGGUGGAUGGGCCAGUGGAGGAGGAGGAGGUCAUGAGGCUGGCACAGAGUGCUGCAGAUACGGCUAGGGCAGGGGGAAGUCCAACAGGGUCAGGGACCCCAACCAGUCCCUCCCCGACCCAUGCCCUCAACGGCAAAGCUCUACCUCUUCAGAGCAACACCAACAAUGCACGGAGGCAGAGUGCCAUUGGAGAGUCAGUUGGGGGAGACACAGGAGGAGAAGGCGGGAUGAGAGCAGGAAGGAUAUGCUCAGGGCUAAGAAGUGGAAUAGGCAGUAGUUUAGGAGGAAGAGUUGAAGGCCGGUCAUCUUCAAAUCCACUCUCUUCCCCCUCCACUACCAACCGCCGCCGCACCAGGCGCUCAAGCCGCCGGCCCCGACAGCGCUUUGUGGGCAAGGACGGACGCUGCAACGUCACCUUCGUCAACAUGAGCGAGAGGGGCCAGCGGUACCUCAGCGACCUCUUCACCACCUGUGUGGACAUCCGCUGGCGCUGGAUGCUGGUCAUCUUCACCCUCUCCUUCCUUCUCUCCUGGCUGCUCUUUGGAUUUGCCUUCUGGCUCAUUGCCUCCGCGCAUGGGGACCUUUCUAUUCGGCUUGCCCCCAGCUCAGGAAUCUCAGGAUCAGGAGAGGCCGGAUCUGGAGGAGAGUCGGAUAGAGAGACUGUCGUUGAGGAGCCGUGCUUCCUCCAGGUGAACAGCUUUAUGGCGGCCUUUCUAUUCUCCUUGGAGACGCAGACAUCCAUCGGUUAUGGAUUUAGAAGCGUGACCGAAGAAUGUCCCCUGGCGGUGGUGGCGGUCGUUUUGCAGUGCAUUGUGGGCUGCAUUAUUGACGCCUUCAUCAUCGGGGCAGUAAUGGCAAAGAUUGCUAAGCCCAAGAAGCGCAACGAGACACUGAUCUUCUCUGACACAGCUGUGGUGGCGCUGAGGGAUGGCAGACUGUGCAUGAUGUGGAGGGUUGGAAACCUACGUAAGAGUCACCUGGUAGAGGCGCAUGUCCGAGCACAACUACUGAAGCCAAGGGUAACUCCAGAGGGAGAGUUCCUUCCGCUGGAUAAUGAGGACAUCAAUGUGGGUUUUGACACUGGCACAGACCGCAUCUUCUUGGUGUCACCAGUGACAGUUGUCCAUGAGAUCAACGACGAGUCUCCAUUCUUCGAGAUGGACCAAAAGACCCUGGAAAAUGACUCUGAAUUGGAAGUAGUUGUCAUACUUGAGGGCAUGGUGGAGGCCACAGCCAUGACCACACAGUGCCGUAGCUCCUAUCUGGCUUCCGAAAUCCUCUGGGGACAUCGCUUCGAACCAGUGCUCUUUGAGAGGAAAGACGGUUACCAGGUGGACUACUCAUUCUUCCAUCGAACAUAUGAGAUCCCAAACACACCCUCAUGCAGUGCUAAAGAACUCGCUGAGCAGAAGUACAUUCAAAGCUCACGCUCAUCGUUCUGCUAUGAGAAUGAAGUGGCUCUGCAACUCGUCUCCCCUGAUGAUGACCCUGAACAAGACCCUGAAUGUCCCUCCCCACCAACCCGAAGGCAGUCACUGUCAGAACAUCUCCACUACAACUGA